AUGCAAUCCUUAGCUAUUUUAGCGCUCCUUAUAUGCUUAUCAUUUGCUUUUGUAAAAAUUCCACUGAAGAAGUUUUAUAAAGAGCCAUUGGCAGCCUCAAACUCAACAAGCCCAUUGAUGACUGAACUGCUUUCAUCAUCAGAUCUCCAAAAUAAUUUAAAUUGGGUUUACUCAGCUAAAAUCUAUGUUGGCUCACCCCCAAAGUUAUUUACUGUUGUAAUUGGCACUGGUGCUCCCUUCCUUUGGAUUCCCUCUAAAAGAUGCCAAAAUGUAUGUCACGAAGCUUCUAACUAUUUUGACCCUUAUAGCAGCUCCACUUACAAAAACCUUGGCCAAAGCAAUAGAAUUACCUAUGAUUUCUCGAAUUUUGUUGAAGGCGAUUUAAGCCAGGAAACCUUUUACAUCGGCGAUGACUAUGCUUUAACUAUUAAAAACCAAGUGUUUACUUUAGUUCACAAAGAUAGCGGAAUGGAUUUUCUAAACGCUGAUGGGGUUUUAGGUUUGACUUAUGGAUCGAUAUCAGGGUAUCCAACAUUUCUUGAAAAUUUAAGAAGUCAGGGUCAAAUUUCGCAGAAAAUAUUUUCUGUCUAUUUACAUGAUAAUGAUUUUGCUGGCAGCAAUUAUGAUGGCUCUGCAAUAAUUUUUGGAGGCUAUGAUCUUGCAAGCUACGCACAAAGCACAGAAAUAAAAUAUAUCGAUGUGUACCAGGAUGAUGGACUUUGGAACCUUCAAGUCUCUAAUGUCAGAGUAAAUAAUGUUCCCAUCCCAACUCGUACGUAUUAUGCGCUUUUUGACGUUGGAUCCACUUUCAAUUUUAUUCCAAAAGUUGUGUAUGAUGCCAUUUAUAAUCAGCUUUCAGCAGCAGGAAGCUGUUUAUUAAAUAAUGGCUUCAUUGAGUGUAAUUGUUAUGAUUAUCCAUUAGGCAGCUAUCCAUCGAUUAGCUUUGUGUUUGGAGGGAAAUAUACAUUUAGUUUGGAGCCUGAACAUUAUUUCUAUAGAUAUCGAAAAAUGUGCACACUUCUUUUUUAUACUGGUUUAGAUUAUUGGCUAUUUGGAACUCCAUUUUUAAGGAAAUAUUAUACGAUUUUUGAUGCGGAGUUUCUUCAGAUUGGAUUUGCAAUUGCCAAAAAUUGGAAAACAACUAAAUUCAUUGACAUUUUAGGUCCUGAGUCAGACCUAAUCGAUGAAGGCAAAAUGGAAAAUAUUAAAAAUGAAGCUCAAGCUGAAGAAAAAGCUAUGGAGAACAGGUCUCAGAGUUCUACUAAUGCUCUUUAUUGGGUGCUUUCUGGCGUCUUGCUUGGCUUCCUAUCAGGAUUUCUCUAUCACUCAUACAAGAUAAAGAAAGAAAAUCCUCAAGAAAUUUACUACCAAAAGAUUCAAGCUUAA